GGUUGAACAAAAUAAACCAGCAAAGGAAGUUGGUCGUGGUUGUUCUCGAACGUCAAUUGGGGAUGCGAGGUACAAAGGGUGGCUCGAAAAGAGUAUCGAUUCUGAAACGAUGGAGAAAAAAGGGGUUGUAACGGUUACGCGCCUUUUCGGACCGAACGCACCGUUUUAUUGGUUUGUCUUUUGAACCGUCAAAAGUUGUGUCCCAUUGUUUCCUUCCUCCAAUAUAACGUUGACAACUUCAAUUUACAGUGAAACGCGCUCUUUCCUUUCUACAGGCUUGAUCAUUGCAGAACUUGGACAUAAAAUUCUGAUAAAUUUCUCAAAUGGAUCACGGGAAUCAUCUUCUUGUUUUUACUUUGCUCUCUUUCUUAUUAAGAGGUGAGUCAUGGGGUUGGUUUUCAUCAUCUAAGGAGACUCCCUCUAGUGACUCAUGCCGCCAAUGAUGGCAAUUUUAGUGCUGAGUUCUCUAUCGAGUCCUUCAACGACCACAAGGGAGUGAAGUUAAUAGAAAAUGCUAAGAAGAAAAUGAUUAGCUCAAACUCAUGUUGGCAAAAUGCUUACCAACAUCUUUUUGCUGGAUGUUCUGAAAUCUUGGCUGUUGAUGAGAAGAGGUCUAGAUUGGCUUGGCACCUAAGUGAUUGCUUUCAGAGGGAUUCUGGUAGGUCUCCUUUUCCCCAUUGUGACCCCAAGUCUUCCAUUGUUGUAUGCUCAAGAUCCUUAGAUGACCUUGCCCAUAAGGUUUACCUUGAAUUCUACCUUGAAACCAACAACCCCAUUUGUUAUCAGUUGCAGGCACAUGCAUUCAAAUAUGAAACUGAGAGACUUGUGACUGAAUUAAAAACUUCAGCCCAGUAUGUUGAGCACAAGCUAGAUAGCAUUGAAGAGAAAUCAGAGAAUAUCUAUUACAAUGCUCAAGACAGAUUCAUGAUUCUCUUGAUUCAAUUGGUAGCCACACAAAACAAGUAAACUGCUAAUUAUCUGGAAGGUCACAUUGAUUCUGUAUUAACACAUUCGAGGAGUGCUUACGAGCAAACUACAAAAAUUGCACUAUCACAAACACAAUUAAAAGAAGGGCAAGAGAAUAUGAAGAGAAACUUGGAGGAUGGGUUAGCGAUGCUCAAAGACUCUUACAAUUAUUUGGGCAAAGAAAUUGAAAAGUUAAGAAAUGAAGCCCAUUGACAUUGAGAAUGAGGUAAUUAAAGUAGGAGAUGCUAUGUGAUCAAGGAUGGACAACCUGAAAAGCAAAGCUGAAGAUAUUGGGAAUAUGGCUGGGAUUUCCAUAGAUAAGCAACAACUCUUAGAAGGACAAUCCACAGCGCUUGAGGAACUAAACUCAUUGACUGAGUUUCAAUCCAAAGCACUAGAAGAGAGCAGGAAAACCCGACAAUAUUUUGCUGAAUAUGGGCAUAGACAACAUGAAGAACUUAUUCAGCGUCAACAACAAAUUCAAGGAUUUCAUGAUCGUUUAAUGGAAAACUCAAGGGAAAUAUUGUCUUCUCAGGAAUCUUUUGAAUCAAAGCAGGCUUCCAUGUUUGUUGUUUUUGACAGGAUUUUUGCUUUGCAAAAUACCUUGUUACUUGAAUCAAGAAUGAUCAAAGCUUUCUUCGUUUAUUCCAUUUUAAUCUUUGUCAUCUUCAUGUUGACAAGUACAAAGCAAACAUACAAUAUCAGGCCAUUCCUAUAUAUUGAUCUAUAUGUUAUUCUCUUUGUGGAAGUACUCAUUAUCCGUUUAACCAAGUGAUAACAUUGAGCACCAAACCUCGAUAAUAAACAUUGCCAGAUUAUUUUUCAUGGUAGCAGCUUUAAUUCAACUUCUACAUGCCAUUUUCACUUACAAGAAUUAUGAGACCUUUGAACCAUCAAAUGCUGCUAACUCUGAUAAACAAGGUUAACAGCAUGCAAAAAGAAAAGGAGUUGCCAUGGGACUUGUAUACUGAUUAUGAGGGUUGGUCGGAAUGGAUAGAUGUCGAUUUACCCAAUGAUGUGAAUUGCCUUGAUGAUCCUGACCAUAUACAAGAAGUUGCAGAGAAUCCAAUCACAGUUACAAAAAAUUACAAUCUACGCAAUCGCAAUCUUUUCAUUGAUUGUCUUACCACCCCAAUACUAAUUUAGUAAUUAGAAUUUUGAUGUCGUCAGUGCAUGUUGCAACAUCCUGAAAUUUUAACCUUUAGAAGAGAAACAUGUCAGGUAUCUUGUGUCCUGCUAAGGGAUGAAUGCUUGCUCACUAUUGGAACUUGUACCCUUAUAAGCUCAAAUAGGUUUAUGGAUCUGUAUAUUUUAAUUUUAAAUAUUCCUAUGAACAUAAUUAUUUAUACUUUCAAGGAUUAUCAAA